AUGGCUGACUCAACCCUCCCCAUUCGACCGAAGCCCGAGGAGAGCUCAGAAGCUGCUCCAGCAACCGAGAAUGCUGCACCGGCCGCAGAAGGAGGCGCCGCCGCUCCUAGUAAAAGUGCAUUGAAGAAAGCCGCCAAGGAAAAAGCCAAAGCCGAAAAAGCAGCAGCUCGCGCAGCUCAGGAACAAGCACAAAAGGCAGCCAGCGCAGCAGCAGACACUGCUGUUGGAUUGUAUGGCAAGCUCCCAGAAAACGAAGAUCUUGUGCCAGUGAUCGACUUUUCGAAGCUGGGAGAAGAACACUAUGAGAAGGAGGUUACUGUUGUCGCUCGUGUCGACAACACCCGGUCACAGAGCGCCAAACUUGGUUUCCUCAUGCUUAGACAGAAAGGAAAGAAGCUUCAGACAGUCAUUGCAGCACCUGCAGAGGGACCUGUGUCAAGGCAGAUGGUGAAAUGGACUACUGGUCUCAACGUCAACUCUAUCGUGCAAGUCACCGGUGUGGCCAAGAAGCCCGCUGUUCCUAUCGCAUCUGCUACUCUGACUGAGUUGGAACUUCAAAUCACAAAGAUCUACAUGAUCGCGGAAGCAGCCCAAGUGCUCCCAAUGCAAGUCAAGGAUGCCGAAAGACCACCACCACUUACCGAUGGCAUUGAAGGUGAACCCGAACUCGACGCUGAAGGUACUCCUAUCGUCACACUCAAGACGCGUUUGGACAACCGUGUGCUCGACCUGCAAACAGAGACCAGUCAAGCCAUUACAUGGAUUUCUAGCGGAGUUGCGCAAUUGUUCACGGAGUUUAUGCUGAAGAGUGGUGCACGCUGGAUAUUCUCAUCGAAACUGAGUGGAUCGUCAACGGAAGGUGGAAGUGAAGUUUUCGAAGUCAAGUACUUCAAUAAGAAGGGUUACCUUGCUCAGAGCCCUCAGCUGAUGAAGCAAAUGGCUAUUGCUGGUGAUAUGGAGAGCGUUUUUGAAGUUGGUCCUGUGUUCCGUGCUGAAAAUAGUAAUACGCACCGUCACUUGACAGAGUUCACUGGUCUCGAUUUCGAAAAGACUUUCAGACAUCACUAUCACGAGGUGCUUGACUUUGCUGAAGAACUGCUCGUGUUCAUCCUCACCGAGCUCAAGGAGCGUUACAAGGACGAGAUUGCCGUUAUCCAAAAAUCUUACCCCAAAGCCGGCGACUUCAAGUUGCCCAAAGACGGCAAGGCUCUCCGGUUGAACUAUAUGGAUGGUGUCGCAUUGUUGAAAGAAGCUGGCGUCGACACCUCUGAACAAGAGGCAUUCGAGAACGACUUCACCACCGCUAUGGAGAAGAAGUUGGGACAGAUCAUCCGCGAGAAGUACGACACCGACUUUUACGUGCUCGACAGAUUCCCUAUGGCAGUUCGACCAUUCUACACUAAAGCAGACCCCGAAGAUCCCACAUUCUCCCACUCAUAUGAUUUCUUCAUGCGUGGUGAAGAGAUCAUGUCAGGAGCCCAACGUAUCAACGACGUCAAGGAGUUGGAAGAGAGCAUGAUCAAGAAGGGUGUUGACCCCAAGACGGAAGGUUUUGAGGAUUAUUUGAAUGCUUUCCGACAGGGUUGCCCUCCACAUGCUGGUGGUGGUCUUGGUUUGAAUCGUAUUGUCAUGUUCUUCUUGGGUCUACCAAACGUUCGUUUGGCGACUCUGUUCCCUCGUGAUCCUCAGCGCUUGCGACCAUAA